CCAUAUUCCAGGAUGGACACUCAGGGGUUCCGGGUGCACGGGAAGGCGAUGGUGGAGUACAUGUGUGAGUACAUGGAGAGCUUGUCGAGCCGGAGGGUGACGCCGAGUGUGGAGCCAGGGUACCUCAGGAAACUGCUGCCCAAGGAAGCCCCUGACCAGCCGGAGCCCUGGGAGAGAAUCAUGGAGGAUGUCAACUCACAGAUCAUGCCGGGGGUGACCCACUGGCAGCAUCCACGGUUCCACGCGUACUUCCCUUCUGGAAACUCCUAUCCGGCCAUCCUCGGUGAUAUGCUUUCGGACAUAAUAGGCUGCAUCGGAUUCUCCUGGGCGGCGAGUCCCGCCCUCACGGAGUUGGAGACCAUCGUCCUGGACUGGCUUGGUAAGGCCAUCGGACUACCAAAUGAGUUUUUGGCUUUCGCCGAGGGCAGUACAGGCGGAGGUGUGAUUCAGACUUCAGCUAGCGAGUGUGUUCUGGUGACCAUGUUGGCGGCGAGAGCUCAGGCGCUGAAACGCCUCAAGAAACAGCAUCCAUUCGUGGAGGAAGGAGUGCUGCUCAGCAAGCUGAUGGCGUAUUGCAGCAAGGAGGCACACUCGUGUGUCGAGAAGGCGGCAAUGAUCAGCUUUGUCAAGCUAAGGAUUUUAGAGCCGGACGACAAGUGUAGUCUUCGUGGCGCCACUCUGAGACAGGCAAUGGAAGAAGACGAAGCGAUGGGACUGAUCCCCUUCUUCGUGUCCACUACUCUAGGCACCACUUCUUGCUGCUCAUUUGACAACCUUCCGGAGAUCGGCGCCGUCUGCGAGAGGUUCCCCUCAGUUUGGUUGCACGUGGACGGGGCCUAUGCAGGCAACGCCUUCAUCUGUCCUGAGCUGAAACCUCUUCUAGCAGGUAUCGAGUAUGCCGACUCCUUCAACACUAAUCCCAACAAGUGGCUUCUGACCUGCUUCGACUGCUCCACUCUCUGGGUUCGGGACAGAAUCAGGUUGACUUCCGCCCUCGUGGUGGAUCCACUGUACCUCCAACAUGGCUACUCCAACAGCACCAUCGACUACCGCCACUGGGGCGUUCCACUUAGCCGUCGCUUCCGCAGUCUCAAACUAUGGUUUGUCAUGAGGAGCUACGGUAUUUCCGGUCUUCAGGCGUACAUCCGGCUGCACAUCCGGCUCGCCAAGCAGUUCGAGCAGCUCGUUAGGCAGGAUGGAAGGUUCGAGGUUUGCAACGAGGUCAAGCUGGGGCUGGUCUGUUUCCGCCUCAGAGGCUCUGACAAACUCAACGAGAAGCUGCUCAGCAACAUCAACGCCUCCGGAAAGAUGCACAUGGUCCCCGCCAACGUCAACGACAAGUAUGUCAUCCGGUUCUGCGCGGUCGCCCAGAAUGCCACGGAUGAAGACGUUGUAAGGGCAUGGCAGAUCAUCACAGAAUUCGCAUCCGAGCUAAUGGAAACGAUGAAUGUGGAGAAGGAACAGGAAACAUCCGACGAGGUAUUCGACUUGGUGGAGCGCAAGAAGAAGGAGAACUUGGCGUACAAGCGGUCAUUCUUCGUGAGGAUGGUGUCGGACCCGAAGCUCUACAACCCGAAGAUUGCCAAAGCCCUGCCUGGAGCUCGCCGGCACGGCAGCCACGUCCAGGACGAGGAGGAUGAGCUCGAGGCUUGCCCGGAGAAUGGGGUGGAGAUCAAUACACCCUUAGCCUCGUGGAUAAGUUGGCCGCUGGCGUUCUUGUUCAACAACUUGGAGGAAGGCAGUAGCAAAGUCCCAGUCAGGUUCCGCCACUUGGACACCAUGGUGCGACUCAACACCCGGCGAGAGAGUCACGGAGCCACUUCCCCCUCCCCAAGCUCUCUGUCCCCGGAAAAUCACGAGUCCCCCAGGCGCUCUCCCAUUCUGUGCAGGAAGAGGGAUUCUUCUCCAAGCAAGCAGGACUAGACCUGCAUCCUGAUACUUUCUUGAGUUCCUUAAAAGUUUAACAACCAAAUUUUAUCAAAAGGAAACCGAAUUCAUUUUUCUAUCUUCAAGCACAAACAUAAAUGAUUCGAGGAGCUCUAGUACGACCAUAGUGGUCAUAUUUUCUGUUCAAAUAAUUUCACGAUUUAUCACACACAAAAUAUGGAAGAGUUGACAAAUAUGUUGUACCCAAGCACUGUAUUUAAUCAGGGCACAGAACAUCAAUUAAAAAUCUAACAUUAAUAAAAGAAGUAACAAAACCAAUGAACUUAAAUGCUUGGGAAACACUUCACAUAAACAGAAAUAAAGAAAAACUCAUGAACAGUGAAGAGAAUCCUAUUGAAAAUUCCAAUUUUCUUUCAUCUCAAUUUACUCAAAAAUUAAAGUGUAUUCGAAUCUAAUUUUUCAUACUGGGUGAAAUAUUUCCAAAAUUCUUAUAUUUGCAUAUUUACACCAUACGUUAUUUUAAUAUUAAUUGUAACAAGCAAUAUGUAAAUAUUUAUUUUUGGAGUUGCCUGAAUAUGAAACCUUUGGUUUCGAAAUGCCUCGUCCAAAAAAAAUAAACAAUUUGAAAAAGUAGUGUUUUUAAUAAUAUUUAGAAAUGUUUACAAUAUAUGUGUGUAAAAACUUCCAAUUCUUAUAAAGUCUCAUAUUCUGAUUGAAGGUGGAUCACUUCGUUUAAACAGUCCAAUCAUAUAUUAGUAAUAUUUAAUAAUGUCAUCGUGAUGUGUUGGAUUUCAUAAUCCCAUGGCUCAGACCCCAAUAUAUUAUUGGUCACCAUUUGAUGUAUUUGGCAAACUAUUGUAAACAUGUUUUAUCUCUUUGAUUGUCCAAAAUACUAAACUUUAGUCAAACGUUUAUUUUAUUAUUUUAACAUAAACAUUCAGACUGAGCUCACUUUACUAAAUUAAAAAUGGCGGAAUAAAACUAUUUUGGUAAGUGUUACACAAAAUCCAGUGAUACUGUGUUUUUUUUUUUUUUUUU